AAGGCCAUGUGGCCACGUGCUUAUGUUGACGCAUACGAAGUGGAUAUGGAAAUUAGCUGGAUAUGUCUCAGAAUCGGAGAAAAAGUUGGUUAAAGGAAAUGAUAGGGAUUAUAGAUAUCUCCAUGGCUCUAGCAGCCCUCGUGGAUUACCUACUGUUAUUAACUCUAGAGCUUUAGCAUGCGGAGACUGGAGAGACCCGGCCCAGCGAGAAGAAUUUGUAGAAACACUGAAGUAUUUUGAUCUCCCACGAAGUGACCCUUGAACCUUAUGACGAUAGUAGAACUCCAAACCAAUCGCAUGGCCCAAUACAGAAAUACAAGGCCUCAGGUACGCCUAUUGAACAGCAGAGAGGGGGUAGUAUAUAGCCAACUUUUGUGAAUCAGUUUACGUUUGUAGGUUUAGGCGACUUUCUAUGGCCUACCUAACAUGACUAGUGUGUAACAUGGCUACAACCGUGUGUGUUGGUGCGUUGAAUCGUUUACGGACGGCGGUACUCUAGGCUGUAUCGUCCCCAGGAACCCGGGCCACGUUGUAAACAUAGCCAUGUGAUAACUAUAUAGUACGGAGUCGGGUCAAUACCGAACGUGUGGAACUAUUGGAGACCACAAUACCGGUGCUCCGUCAGAUAGCGGGACAGCUCUUUAACCACCGUACCGUGGCAUACAGCGUGUCGCCGGGUCAAAUAUUUACCUAGUAGUUUAUGGAUCCGUAAGUAUAUUCAUGCCUGGGCUGGGAAGUUUGUCAGCUGUCAGCUGAAGGCUUCUGUGUUCUCGUGUAACACUUCUUAACGGAGCUUCCUAUCGGAAACAGCAAACUGGAUUCGCUCCGCCAAAGUUUCUCCUCCAAACUGUUCCCAUGUUCAUCGUCGUCCACAUGUAGGUCUAGGCGGACUAAAGGAAAGACCAAAGGCGGUUUCAGGAAAAUGUCGGUCGACCCGGUCUGUGGUGACAGACAGUCCCCGGAACAGUCGGAGGAGUUUUCCCGGAUGGAGCGUUGGAUGGACGACCACCCGGAAUUUGUCCAUGACUACUUUGCUCGGAAAGCCAAGAAGAGCAUGGUAGACGGCUGGCUUCUGGCCCAUGCCUUCAACCACAGUCCCGGGCUCCAUGUCCAGUCGGAUAACAAUUCCAGUGAUUCGAACUCCAGGAACAACUCCGGAACAAAUACACCUGUUCGGAAAAUCUCUGCUCAAGAAUUCGACAAAGGCGAUACCCUAGAUCCUAUAGUAUCGACAGUAGAUGGAUUGCCUACGUUUCUGGGCCCCUCAUCUGCCCCGUCCAGCCAGAGCAGUACCAAUAACAAGUGUCAACGUCGCUCGCGCAGCGAGCUUAAGGCGCUUGACGAAAAGGAACUAAUGUACGAAUUAGUGAUAGACAUAUGUAACGACCUGGAUGUCACCAGUCUCUGUCAUAAAAUACUCCAAAACGUGUGCAUACUCCUUGACGCAGACAGGUGCUCCCUCUUCCUCGUGCACGGUAGUGGUACGGAGGAAAAGCACCUGGUGUCCAAACUGUUUGACGUUAACGCCGAAACGUCGUUAGAUGAAGUGUCGGAAAAUCGAGAGAGUAUCCGAAUAGCAUGGGGAACGGGAAUAAUAGGAUAUGUGGCGAAAACGGGAGAACCACAAAACAUUCCGGAUGCAUACAAGGACCCUCGGUUCAGUGAUGAGGUGGACAUCAAGAUGGGGUACAAGACCAGAAGCAUUCUCAGCAUGCCGGUCAAGGACUGUACUGGCAAGGUCAUUGGUGUCGCUCAGGCCGUCAAUAAAAGUGCUGUCGAGAAUGAACCAUUCAACGAACAUGACGAAAAGGUUUUUGGCUAUUACCUGGCGUUUUGUGGAAUAGGGUUGAAAAAUGCUCAGCUUUAUGAAAAAUCACUGUUGGAAAACAGAAGAAAUCAGGUGCUCCUCGAUCUAGCACGUGUGAUAUUUGAGGAACAGAGUAAUGUGGCCAACUUGAUCUACAAGAUAAUGAUGCACACACAGUCCCUUUUGCAGUGUCAGCGUUGUCAGGUGAUGCUGAUCGAGGACUUGUCUAAGGACAAAAACAAAAAGCUUACUAUCAAAAAAAGCAUGGGAAUAUUUUCUCAGGUGUUUGAUCUGGAGAAUACAGAUUUUGACAACAGUGAUACAUUUAACAGAGAAUGGCCUGCCGAGCCACGAUUUCCCAUACAUAUCGGAAUCUCAGGCCAUGUAGCUACGACAGGGGAGACACUCAAUAUUCCUGAUGCAUACAAGGACAAGCGUUUUUACCCCAAGGCAGACGAAGAGAGUGGCUUUGUAACGAAAUCCAUAUUAUGCAUGCCGAUCAAGAAUUCCAGUAAUCGAGUGAUUGGGGUAGCCCAGUUGACCAAUAAGCUGGAUGGUACAGUGUUCAACAAGAAUGAUGAGAAUCUAUUUGAAGCCUUUGCAAUUUUCUGUGGAAUGGGGAUCAACAAUACUCAGAUGUAUGAGACAGCUGUCAGGGCAAUGGCCAAACGGAGGAUCGCCCUGGAAUGUCUCUCAUACCAUGCAACUGUCCCAGCUGAUGAGGCUAACAAACUCAAGACAAUAACCAUCCCGUUAGCCACAGAGUUUAACUUACUGGACUACACAUUCAGUGACUUUGGACUAGAUGAUGACGACACUCUCAGGGCUAGUAUUAGAAUGUUUCUUGACUUAAACCUGGUGGAACACUUCCGAAUCAACUAUGAGGUCUUAUGUCGGUGGCUGAUGAGCGUGAAGAAAAACUACAGAAAUGUUACAUAUCACAAUUGGAGGCAUGCAUUCAAUGUGUCACAAACAAUGUUUUGUAUGCUGAAGAAGGGACAGAUGGACAAUGUGUUCACAGACAAGGAGAGACUUGCAUUGAUGGUGGGCUGUCUCUGCCAUGAUCUUGAUCACCGAGGAACCAACAAUCAAUUUCAGAAAGAGUCCAUGUCUCCGCUGGCAGAUCUGUACUCUACCUCGACACUAGAGCACCACCAUUUUGACCAGUGUAUCAUGAUACUCAGUACCAAGGGAAAUGAUAUUUUAUCCAACUUGAAGCAAAACGAAUAUGAAGAUGUGAUCAACUUAUUAGAAGCAGCAAUAUUAUCUACAGAUCUGGCUCUCUACUUCAAAUAUAGAGGGACAUUUUUUGACUUGGUUGACAGUGGGAAGGCUAAUUGGAGUUCCAGAGAGGACAGAGAUCUUCUAAGGUCCAUGAUGAUGACUGCCUCUGAUGUGUCUGCCAUCACUAAACCCUGGGAGGUCCAGUUGGCGGUUGCCGAUCUUAUAGCAAAUGAAUUCUUUGAACAAGGGGAUAUGGAAAAAGCCCAGUUUAAGAUCAAACCAAUGGAUAUGAUGGACAGGGACAAAAAAGACCAUCUGCCUGACAUGCAAGUGAAUUUUAUCGAUGUGAUCUGUAUGCCAGUCUACAGGGCUAUGUCGAAUGUGUCACCUCACAUGAAGCCACUGUUAGAAGGGUGCAAGAAAAACAGACACAACUGGGAGAGUAUGUCAUCUAAAACAAACAAACACUCAGCAGAUGAGAAAGAAAAUGAAAAAAAUGAUGAGGAAGAGAAACUCUCGGAGGACAAGGCAGAGAUUUCACCAUCAUGACAGCAGUGGACCAAUCCUCCAUGUACUUCAGUCCCAUAUUAUUGACCAUGAACACACCAUUUUUGUUCAGAAAUUGUUAUCCAUGCAUUUUAUUUAUCCAAGAAAAUCUUUGAUAUUUGUAGUAUUUUCUGGUGUGCUUUGCAAUCAAUAGACAUUGAGAUGGGGCUGUUGUAUCAAACAUGUGCCCCACCCUAAUCUGAUCUCCGCGGAUGUGCUUCAUACAUAACCUCCGAUGUGAUAGGUGUAGGAAUAUGUCAAGAAAUCAUGCAUAUUGUUCACCAGAAGACAAUUUACUCCAGAAUGGCAUAGAGGUAAAAACCACUGUUAGUGUAGUUUAUUGAUCAUGAUUAUAAAUCUAAAAACAGCAAUUCUAACAUUAGGAGGAAUGAUACCCAGUCAGUAUUACCACUAACAGCAGAAAAACCUUAAUGUCGUUUUGAAAAUAGUUCCAAAGUUGCAAAAUGGGAGCUUCCGCAACAUGUCGGAGGUCAUGUGGCGGGAGUCACAUUUUCAGAGUUCCGAAUGACCCCCACCCCGACACUGUUGUCACUAGACAUGUAGGUGGGGCUGUCACACCAAACUUAUGCCCUCCCCCGAUGUCACUGGAUAUAUAGGUGGGGCUGUCACACCAAACUUAUACUCUCCCCCGAUACUGUUGUCACUAGACAUAUAGGUGAGGCUUUUACAUGAAUCUUGUUACCCAUUGACAUUGUUGUCCAUCAAUAUUUAGGUGAGGCUGUUGCACCAAGCUUGUGCCCCCAAUCUUGACACUUUUUUAGUAGACAAUUACCUUGGGCUGUUACACCAAGUUUGUGUCCCCCUGACACUGUGACAUGUACAUGUUAGCGAACAAGCCUUUUGUCAUGUAGUUUUGAGAUCUCAGGAUUAUUUAUGAACAUGUUAUUUAUUUCUGUUGCUAUGUUUUAGCUGUAUUAUUUAUUAUUAAGAACACAAAUGUUGUGAGAGGUCUGUUAAGUGUGUUAAGGGAGUUGUGUUUACUGAUCCUCCCUUAUAUGUCCCUGAAACACACAAAAUGUUUAGUUGCAAUGAAAUUCAAUUGUUGUGCCUGAAGUUGUAACUUCAGCUGUGAUUAAAGGCAUUUUUGUGAUGACACUGAUAAAUAUUGAACAAAUUUAGCUACUUUAGGUUUUGAUAUUAAACUGCAUUUAUUUAACUCCCAUGACUAUCAAGGUGAAUAUGACAAAAUGUGACUCACCGGUAAUAAGUAAGCUUUAAAGGGCAUCUAUAGUGCAUAACCUCAGAAUAUUUAACAAAUAUAAUCAAUUAAAUCUACUCAAGGAGGCUCCAAAUUUGUUGAAAGUAAUAACAUAUUGUCUGGACUAGCUUUAUUUUUAAUUAUGCUUCAGUUUCUUAAAGUUAUAGAGUAUACUAAAUAAUACCUGGAACAAAAAGUGCUCUACUAGUUUUGUUUGUGUGGAAUGUUUCUAUUUUCAAAGUUUGUCCCAGAUCGGUAUUAAAUAAGUUUUUUUACUGGCAGUUCAAACAAGUCAUGCAAGAACUAUUGGUAAAAGAACACAUCUUCGAUCAAAGAUGGCCUUGACGAGGCAGCUCAAUACUUCGUUCCUGUUAUAGUGACUAAACCAUAGACUGUCUUGUUCUGCCAUCAUAUUACAAUUCUUUGGCCCAAUAAAGCUGUUGGGCUCAUCAGCAAAACCUGAUUCCAAUAUAUUAUUCAUUAUAGUUCAUCUGAUCUUAAUUGCUUACCAAUAUGGAAUGUGAUUCCUUGCUGCAACUUGUAUCUCCUUUUCUACACAGUUGUAUAAUUUCAUUGUGUUACAGAAUGGUAGAGCAAAAUUCCAAACACACUCAAAAUUAUAUAUUAGUUAAUAAAGGGAGAUAACUCUUUAACAAGUGUAGUGCAAGAUAAUUCAGUUGAGGUUAUCCUCAUUAACAAAUACUGUACACUAAAUGGCAAUGCUUUGGUGAUGAUGAAAAUCUUUUGUUGACAGGACACUACAUCUGACAGAAGAAUUACCUCAUCCUCCAUGCAACUCUUUAAGAAAUUCUGAUUCCAAAUCUUAUAAGCAGGAUUUUGGUAAAAAGAAAUUAAGUGACAUUGUGAAUAAAUCUGAAAAUGUUGAACUUAAUAUAUACUUUAUCUAGGAAAUGUUGAAGUAUGUUUCAUGUUUAUACCAAAGGUAAACUUAAAACUGCUCUUAUAUCGUCUAACACUUUAUAGGAAUAGCCUCCAAACAACUCUAGCAGUCAACAAUGUUUAGGUGCAAGAAAUUAUCAAUAAAUUCAAUAACAUUUAAUGACCUCAUGUUCAGACAUCAUUAAACUUGACAAUGAAAGCCUUGAUGAGUAUUGUGUCUGGGAUAUAGUGUAUUUAUGUAUUUACCCCGUUUUACCAAGCCAUGGUUGUGCACAGCUACAUAGUAUCACAGCAUGUAAGUCUGAUAUUAUAUUUCAUCUUAAAUCAUCAGUUACUAAUAAUCUUAAAGCCAUAAGAUGCUUACUGAUAAUCUUAACUGUCGGGAACAUCCUGAUAACCCUAUAAGCAUCAAUUACUUACUGAUAACUCUAAAAUCGUCAGUUACUUAUAACCCUCAACCUAAAACACAAAUACUUACCAAACCCCUAAAACAGUUGCUUUAACCCAAAACUUCAUUAAGUGUAUAGGUGUUCCUUUGUCGUAGCAAUACACUUAUCUCCAAACAGGACCUACUAGAUAUAUUUUCAGUACAAUAAAUAAUAUACGGUAUUGGAAUAUUGAAUGUUUUUGUCACUGAGGGCAAGCUUAUCCUCACAUCAAACAUACACACACAAAAAACCAAAGAACAGCUUUAGGGUUAUUCCACUAAAAUACCUUCCUGACCCCAGGACUCCAACCUCGAGUCAUGGGAUAGUGUAGAUGUUUUACUGGAAUAGCCUUAACCACUAAUGGAAUACAAGGUACUACAAAAUUCAAUGUGAAUAUUACAUGUAAUAUAUUUUAUCUGGAAAACUUUGACACUGUUUACUUUUUGCCAACAAACAUAAAUGCAAAAUUGAUCUAUAUGGAGAAAGACUAUAUUGAUAGGUUUGGUACACAUAUAUUUUGGAUAUUUAACAUAUCAUUUUGUAUCAAAAGUACAAAAAUAUUGAUAUAUUAAAAAAAAAAAUUAUUACUUGUUUCUCAAAAAUAAUCCGUGUUAUUUCAACCAAACAUGGAAUAUGGUGGUAUGGACACGUCAAAACACCAAACACAUUACGUGAAUCUUAUUUUUGGUGUAUUUUUUGGCUUAAAAACCUUAAAUUUGAGAAAUUGGUAUAAAAUCAUUAUUGAUUGGUAAAUUAGUUUAUAGCCAAAUUGGAAUGUUCUUCUCACUUUUCAGAAAUAGUGAUUUUUGGGGUAAAAAUAAGCAUAUUUAGAUGAAUAUUGCAAAGUUUGAUAUGUACAUGCAUCAAUAUUUACACGUUUUAUAAUGUAUAUAUGGUGCUUCCAUCAAGUCGAAUUUUUUUUGGGGACAAAAUACUUAAAUUCUAGUGAAUUUUGGAGUUCGCAUAAAAUUUAUUAUACUGACCAAAGUGGAACAGAUGAGACAUAAACUUACAUGUUAUACUUAUAUUUGUGUGUAGUAACUACAAACCUUACUAUACACCAGUUUGUAGGUAUAUACCAUAUCAUAAUUCAUAUGAUAGAAGUUUGUACAAACUCUUCCACCUGCUGUUGUUAAACAAUACCUCUGUAGCUUAGGUUGUCACUAGCUAUUUUUCAACAAACUUCCCUUUUUAGCUAUUUUGAUUAAAUUCAUUACAUUUUUCUAUUAUAAAUACCGAUUUCGUAGAGAAUUUAGAUUUUAAAUUCUCACCCUUUUAUGUACAUGUAAUACUGUUAAUAAUUUUGCAAGACUUCAUCCUACAUUGUGAUGUAUUUCUCUGUGAUAAAAUUACUAUACAUAUUUAAUGCAUCUUAUUUUGUUAUUAUCCAUACUAUGUCUCAAGAAUAAAUUGUCUCUACUUUC